AUGGGAUCCUUAAGUCAAAAAUCUUUGAAUUUAUCAAUCCAUAAUGAUUCUACCGUUAUCAAAUCUUCUACACCAACAAAAAAACGGACCAAAACGUGUUCCCGAACGUUAGCGGCUCCAACACUAGUAACAGUCAGAAAUCCUAAAACUCUUCGUCCAAUUUUUCUCGAAUAUUCUAUUCAUGCUGGAUCGAAUAAAUUUAAUAGAGAAUUGAUAAAUGUAUUUCCACAUAUCGUUGAACCUGAUAAAUGUCUCGUAAUACCAGUGUUCUUUAAAUGUCGAAAUGAUUUAGUUGGAAUUGGUGAAAGAAUCGAUAAAGAAAAAGAUGAAAAAUUGGAAGAUUUUAUUGAAUGGGGUAAGGAAAUUUGUCAAAAAUUAAGGGAUCUUGGGUAUUGGUCUGAUCUCACUGAUCCUGCUUCAGGAUAUCCAAUGUUUUCCGAUCCUGGUCCAUCGACCUAUCCAGACGUUCAAGGUGCCGAACAACUUUUAAAAUAUGAUAUUUAUAAUGCUGGGUGUUGUCAUAUUUUACUACAUCCAAAAUGGGGUAGUAAAGUUUACCCUGGAACUUUAUUUACUACUGCUAAUGAAAAUUGUAUUAAACAAAUUAUUAAUGAAAGCGUUUUAAAAUUUCAUAAUUCACUUUAUGAAGAAGAUAAUGA